AUGACGCAAUCCUCGUCCAUGGAGAACAACAUUGGCGACUGUGGAGUCUCCACGGCUGACGACAAUCUCGAACGCGUUCAUGACGCUGGCGGUCUGGAGGGAACUAGUCGCGGUCGACGACGACACCGUUCCUCUACCAACAGAAAACCAGAGUCCACGAGCAACAAAGGAACAAAGUCGGCCAAGAAAGCCGUCUCUUUCACACCGACUGUCCAGAUCCGACCCUCGAGCCACGAUCAACACGCUUCCCGGACCUCGCACACCGACGUCGAUGAAGCAAAUAUUAGCCCAGCCGAUGAUACCAUGCCCACCAGGGCCGGUUCGUACGGCGAUGACCCCGCCUUCAUGGCCGGAAUCAGGCGGGUCUCGAUGUUUCGGGGCCCCGUGGACGAUGAGAAGUUUGCAAGUUUCCGGCCAGGCCCAUCAACUUCCUAUUCCGAGAUUGAAGAAUACCUGCAAUCGGGACAUCACGCGGCCAGUCCACCAUAUGAUGAAGAGCCUGUGGCCGACUUCUCGGGGGGUAUAUUCGGAACACGAUCUAUCUUCGCUUCCAGUAUGAAGUCGAGUUCCAUGCCUGACAUGUAUGGGGUCAGUUCAGACGCCGCCAAGCCCCAGGUCCAAGACGAUUGGCACGAUCCUUCGUACUCGACCGGAGGCUUUCCGUAUCAAACCCGCAGCGUAUUCAGCAGCUACGCGCAGGACGCCGGGUUCGAGGAUCCACCCAGCUUUCGCUCUACCCGAGGAGUAUUUAGUUCCACGUUCCAGAGCCCCUCGGGCGACACUCCGUCAGCGACUUAUACGGAGCCUGGCCCUUGCCCGUCCGUUUCAGCUAGCUUCGGCUAUGAGGAGCUCCCUGGGGACGCCGCUAAUCACUAG